AUGAGUAAGACUAGAAAAUCAGUGAGUUAGGCUAUCUCCCGGGCUCAAAAAAAACCUCAAAUUAUUUUCAGCGUCAAGAUAAUAGCUCAAAAUCGUCAUCAGGACAAGUUUCGCUAUUUCCAACCGCUCAAUCGCCAAGUCUUUUGACAGCCACUGAUUCGGCUGAUCCACACAGUGUUCCGACUGCAAUGUCAAGAUCAACGAAAACCGGAAUCGGAGCGAAUACGUCGGAUUUCGAAAGAGUUCCGGGAAUGUCGGACACUUCUGCUGGAUCCUCGCAACAGAAUAGCAAAAUUGAGGCGAUGACUGCGAAGUCGGCGACUUCGCCGCAGAUUUUGUUGAAUGGUUAGGAUGUUUUUUGUUUUGCUCACAUGGGGAAGAUCUAGGAAUUGCUGAAAAUAUUUUUUCUGUGGUUUCGGAAGAAGAUCCCAUGGUUCUUGGCUCUAAACUUGAUUUCAAAAAAUUUUUGAAAUUGAAAUUUUUGCUCUCGAAGAACCUGGAUUACUGUAUCCAGUUUUUUGCGCGAAAAUUCUAUUUUCAAGUUUUUGCGCACAGAAAAGCCUGGGUUACUGUAGACUAUUUUUGGUGCGAAGUUCUAUUUUCAAAUUUUUGAAAGAAAAUUUUGAAUUUGGAAUUUCCGCGCUCAAAAAACACCAUGGGUUACUGUAGACAAAUUUUGACGCGAACAUUCAAUUUUGAAUUUAAAAUUUUCGCGCUCAGAAAAACUUGGGUUACUGUAGGUAAUUUCUCGCGCGAACAAUUUUUAAAGUUGUUUAAAGAAAAUUUUUGAGUUUUAAAUUUUCGCGCUCUGAAAAAGCCUGGGUUACUGUAGACUAUUUGGCGCGAAAAUUCUAUCUAUUUACAGUAAUCUUGGGUUACUGUAGAGUUACUGUGAGGCUCCUCGACGAAAAGAGUUAACGAAAAUACAAUUUUUCCAGAAAAUGUUUUUCACGUUUCCCACGUGUCCCCAUUUUCCAAGUUUCCUCUCAUCAUUUCUCAAAUUUUCAGAUCUUCGUCGUGGCCAACUAUUCGGCAAACAAUCUCAAUCACAAUCACAACAAAGUGAUUUCGAAGAUCAAAACAAUCAGCCAAACAUCAAAGCCUCAACAUUUUCCGAAUUUCCAAGUACAGCUUCUGAACUUAGCGAAACUGAAGAGGGAAAUUCGAUCGCUGAAAAAUCAACACAACCCGAAAAAACUCAGAAUUUGAGCUCGAGCAAAAAAUCGAAAGGUUCGAGAAUUAUAUCGAUUUUGGAGAGAAAGAAACAGGAAAGAAGCCGGGCGAAAGAAAUUCGCAAAUCGAGUAAAAUGAGUGGAUCAUCCAAAAAAACAAGUUAGUUCAAUUCCAAAUUUUUUCGUAAAAAAUAAUUUUUUUUCAGAGAAAGCCAAGAAUUUCGACGAAUCUUCAAAGCGUAUUACAAAUGUGGGUUGAAAUUUUCAAUAAAAAAUUUUGGAAAAAAAAUUUCAGAGACCGGUUGGAAUCUCGAAAUGUAGCGAUGCGGCAACUUCGAAUUCUUCAUUUUCAAAAUCGAAAAAGAGUAUGAAGAAGAAGAAUAUCGGAGAGGAAUCGAUUGGAUCUCACGAGCUUCCAGAAGUUGCUGGAAUGUGAGUUGUACCAAUGGCCUAGAAAACCAACCAAGCAAUUUCCUAUUUGGUUUUCUCUUCCACAGUUUUUAUAUAUAUUUUCGUUGUCUCCUGGAUUUUCCAAGCUAAACUGAACUCGAAAAUUUUUCAGAAAAACUGCGCCAAGAAGCAUCUCAAGAAAACCGAAAACAAAUGUGGAUGAAAGUGUCAGAAUGUCUAGUUUCAACCCACCAACUGGAGGAUUAGUCGAUCUUUCGAAGAGAUCGAGAGGUGCCACAAAUCCCCCACUUCCUCAACAAAUUCAAUCGAAUCGUUAUCCAUUGAUUCCUGGACAAUCUCCAUCAAACACAAGUUUGCCGGCAAAAGUCACUGAAACUUUUGCACCCGGGCCACUUCCACAACAAUCGAUUCAAUAUCCGAAUCAUCAACAACCUUCAAAACGUGGUCCAAAAGUGAAUAAGCCAUAUAAUUUUCCGGGAAAUGGCAGAAGUUUGAAAACGGUUAUUCCUCCACCGCCACCACAGGAAGCUCAAGAAAAAGUGGCUAGACCUCAUGAAUCAACUGUUUAUGAUAUUUCAAAUCUCAAUAAUUCUCAGAGACGUGUCCCACCGAAAUCAUUGUUUGGAGCAGGAGCUGUUGCACCGCCAAGAUCAAAUUUACAACAACGCUCCACUAAAAUCCAACCAAAACCCGCUGGAAAUAGUGUUGUGAUUUAUGGAACAACUGCUGAUGGAAAGAAUCAAGUUGAAUUCACGAUUCAAAUGAGAAUUGUUAGUGGCGAUGCGGUUCAAGCGAAUCAAAAUAAACCCGUCGAUGUUUUGCCGAAGAAGAUUGUUUUGGCUGGAAAAGAGAUUUCGGUUGAGAAACCAGGAAAGAAUGAGGAUUCAAUGAACUUGUAG